AAUUCAUUCUAGUUUCUACUCUUGACAUUGAAAAUGAGACUUUCUGAAGUCAUGAACCGCAGUAUUUUUCUAUUAAUCCUAGCUGUUUGUACUACAGCCAUCGUAAAUGGAGCCAAUAUUAUGAUAUUGUCCGGAGUUCCAUCACCAAGUCACUCUAUAUGGCUUAGACCACUGAUGAACGGUUUGGCAGCAAGAGGACAUAAUGUGACUGUAGUAAGUCCUGACGUUGAGAAGAAUCCACCGAAAAAUGUUACCUACAUCCAUCUGGAGAACAUCUACGAUGAAGUGUACAAUUCCAGCGAUCGCAUAAUGCCGGAUUUUUUCGAAAUGCAUAAGAGCCCUUUGCAAACAUUGGGCAUGCUUGAUGAGUUUUCAAUAAUGUUGUGCCAAAGUGGAAUCAAGUCAAAUGGAUUCAAACAGCUUAUGAGUUACCCAAAAAAAUUCAAGUUCGAUCUGUUCAUGAGUGAUUAUAUGUCCGGACCAUGCCUCGCAUCGUUGCUGAUGCAUCGUUUUGGAAAUCCGCCUUAUAUUCCGGUUGCACCAUACAACGCUUUGGCUACAUCGUCGCCUCUUAUUGGUUCAUAUGCAUAUUCGGGUGCUAUUCCAAAUCAUUCAUAUGAUGUUCCCGUAUCGAUGACUUUCAUGCAGCGACUGCAAAACUGGUUUUACGAUCUGUAUGAAAUAGUUAGGAAAGAUGUCUACCUGUAUCCAGAAUCCGAUGCCAUAAUCCAACAAAUUUUCCCAAAUGCUCCAAGUGCAAAAGAUUUGCAAAGCAGUAUCAGACUGUUGUUCAUCAACACCAAUCCUCUGAUUCAGUACAAGGAACCUCAAAUGCCAAACGUGAUUUCAGUUGGUGGAAUGCAAAUUCGUGAUCCUAAACCACUUCCUGAAGAUCUGGACCGUAUAGUAAAUAAAGCGAAAAAUGGCUUCAUCUUAUUCUCGCUGGGAUCCAAUGCCAGAAGUGACACAUUGGGACCGGAUCGAAUUCGACAGAUUCUGACUGCCAUGAAAGCUUUGCCACAGUACCAGUUCCUAUGGAAAUUCGAAUCAGAUGAAUCGAAACUACCGAUGAAGGUUCCUGACAAUGUGUAUAUUCGAGCCUGGAUGCCCCAAAACGAUCUGCUGGCACACCCCAAUAUUAAACUAUUUAUUACGCAUAGUGGGUUGCUAAGUACCCAGGAGGCUAUAUGGAAUGGAGUUCCUAUCAUUGGAUUCCCCCUGUUUGCCGAUCAAUUCCGAAAUAUAAACUACUGCGUGUCUCUUGGGGUUGCAAAGAGGCUUAUGGUUCAGUAUCUGGACGCGAAGGAUCUCAUCGAGGCGAUUAAGGACAUUCUCAACACCCGCAGUUACAGUGAGAACAUGAAUCGCUUGUCUCGGCUUUUCCGCGAUCAACCUGAGAGCCCACUAGAACGUGCCAUUUGGUGGGUAGAAUGGGUUUUGCGGAAUCCGGACAGUGACAUGCUCCAGUCGAAUGCCGUGAAAGUGCAUUGGAUCCAGAAGUACAUGUAUGAUGUUUUGCUGUUUGUAGUUACUAUAGCAGUGUUAGUAUUAAUAAUGAUAUUCAAAAUAAUAUCAAAACUAAUUGUAGGCUUGCAAACAAAAGUUAAGGUUAAGCAAAUGCUUAAACCAGGUUUAAGCCGCCUAGAGUCAAUUGAUGGGAAUCAGUUUCAAUUCAGUUCAACUACCGGUGUUAAGCGACGUGGUCCGCGUGAAGAGUUGCUCCCGAAUCUGUGCGCAAUGAAGAAUGCAGCAAGUGUUUUAUUUGUCAUCACGCAACUAGCAAACAUUGUGUCUGGUGCAAACAUUCUCUGUCUGUUCGGAGUAGCUAGCCCCAGCCAUCAUAUAUGGAAUCGAGCUAUCGCUCAUGAAUUAGCAGCAAAAGGCCACAACGUUACCAUUAUCUCAGCGGACAUAGAGAAGAACACUUCGCACAAUAUUCAUUAUAUUGAGCUCGAGGAAACGUACAACGAAUUAUACAAUGGCCCACACAAUAUUGACUUGCUCGAAAUGGCAAACGAGAAUUUGUUUACAGCCAUUAUCUCGCUCUAUAAUGAUUUCAUUAUCACUGAGUGUAGAGGCAUCUUAAAGUCCAAAGGCUUGAAAUUCAUUAAGAACUAUCCUGAUGAAUUUAAGUUCGAUUUGGUGAUAAACGAUAUGACCUGCGGCGGAUGCAUGCAUGGGCUGCUUCACAAGUUUGGUUACCCACCGUUGGUUAGUGUAACACCCUUCAGCAAUCCACCCUACGUCACCGACGUUAUCGGUGGGCACAAGCAUGCUGCAUACAUUCCCUUCUACUCCUUGAGCUAUGGUGUAGAUAUGACUUUUACGCAACGCGUUCAUAAUGCACUUCUGUAUACAACUGAUUACAUAUACCGAACAUUCUUCUGCUAUCCCAAACUGGACCAGAUGGUUCGCGACUAUUUCCAAUAUGAGGAUAUGCCAUACGUGCCGGACAUAGAUCGUCUUUCCAAGAUAAUUUUAGUCAAUUCCCAUUACUCCAUCGAUUUUCCUGAACCUGCACCACCGAACCUGAUACCCGUCGGUGGGCUACAAAUUCAGGAGCCCGAACCACUUCCGAAAGACAUCGAAGACUUCGUUAAUGCAGGCAAGAAAGGAGCUGUACUUUUCUCGUUGGGAACCAAUAUCAGAAGUGAUCAGCUUGGCAGAGAACGACAGCAAAUGUUCAUCGAUGCCAUAAGCCAGCUUCCAGACUAUAACUUCCUUUGGAAAUUUGAAUCUGAAUUGGAAUUGAAACUCCCCAGGAAUCUAAUUAUACGCAAGUGGCUACCACAGAGCGACAUAUUGGCUCACCCGAAGAUAAAGGGAUUCAUCACGCAUGCGGGAUUACUAAGUACACAUGAAGCUAAUUGGCGUGGUGUUCCAAUGAUUGGAAUACCUUUUUUAGGUGAUCAACAUCGGAAUCUUGAAAAGUGCAUACGUAUGGGAGUGGCCGAGCGAAUUGUUUUCCAAACUCUAUCGACCGCACAGAUUCGCGACACCGUACAUAAAGUGCUGGAAACACCUUCCUAUCGAGAGAACAUGAAAAAGGUGUCGGCGUUAUUCCGGGAUCAACCGGAAAAACCGCUGAAUCAGGCCAUCUGGUGGAUUGAAUGGGUACUUCGACAUCCUGACGCGGAGAGCAUAAAAUCCCCUGUAUUGAAGCUAGGAUUCCUAAGAAGUAACGCGUUAGAUGUAAUUGCGUUUUUACUUUUGACGCCUCUAUUGUGCAUUUUAGUGUUGAAGAAAUUACUUUGUAAAAAACGUUCUACUGAUCCAGAAAAGAAAAACAAAUGAUUAACUGUA